AUGAGGUUGAUGAUGAUACUUAGGAGAUGCAAAAGCGUUUCAACACGAUUGGGUCGUUCUUAUUCUUACACAAGUCUCAGGUCCCAAUCCGCAAGAAGAGAUCCACAGGACCAUCUCCAUGACGUCGACCAAACCUCUUCUACACAGUCUUCUUUGUACCAGACAGUGUUGGUCGGACGUACGAAGAAACCUUACGUGAUCAGUAAGCAACACUUGAAGCAUCCUCUGCUCAACGCUCUCGUUGAGAAGCAACAGAGAUACGAAGAAGAUGAUAAUGAAGAUGGAAGCUGUGUCAUCACGGUGAAGUGUGAAGUUGUUUUGUUCGACCAUCUUCUUUGGAUGCUCGAAAAUGGAGAUCAGAGUCACAUACUGGAGUCUUUAGAUGACUUUGCUCAUCUCUAUCUCUCUCCUUGA